GUGUAACCGGAAGCGGAAGUGUUAAUGGAAAAUGGCGAGCUGUAUUGACAGUGGACAGGGCUGGCUUCAACAAUGAGUUGGAAAAGAGACUUUUGGAGGAUUUAAAUCAAGAAACAGCAACAAAAACUAAAGGAAAAGUAAUGACAGUGUGACUCUACAGGGAAUAAUUGUAAAAAAUAUAUUAUUUUGAUAAUGUCGAAUGCGGGUUCGGUUCAAACCGGAAGUGUGUACGCGGCGAAUGGACCUCUUUCCUAUACUGACAACCUUAUAGGUACAUUGCUUGCUAUCAUCGGGAAUUUGCUCAUCAGCAUCUCUGUGAACAUACAGAAACAAAGCCAUGUGGUGUUGGCAGGCGCUAAGGAUCCGAGGCCGUACUACUGCACAAAGACGUGGUGGUGCGGCCUUGUGCUACUGCUGAUCGGAGAAGGAUCCCUGUUCACCUCGUACGCCUUCGCGCCGCUCUCUCUCAUAGCCCCACUCAGUGCUGUGUCUCUUAUAGCCAGCUGUAUCCUGGGAUUUCUGUAUUUGAGAGAAAAAUGGAAGCCAAAGGAGUUUCUGAAACGCUACGGCUUGUCAUUUCUCGGCUGUGCCUUGACUGUAGCGGGGACGUACCUCUUUGUCACAUUCGGGCCGAACUCUCACGAGCAGCUGAACGCAGAAAACAUUGUGAAGCACCUGAUUGGCUGGCCAGUCCUCCUGUACCUGCUCCUGGAGAUCAUCACAUUCUGUCUCGUGCUGUAUUUCUACAAACAGCACAACGCGAACUACCUCGUGCUCAUCCUGCUGUUGGUGGCGCUGCUGGGCUCUGUGACUGUCAUCACGGUGAAGGCGGUUGCGGGGAUGGUGGUUCUCAGCAUUCAGGGCUCCCUCCAGCUCAGUUAUCCCAUUUUCUACGUCAUGUUCGUCUGCAUGGUGGCCAGCAUCUUCUUUCAGGCAUCAUUUCUUGCCCAGGCGUCCCAUUUGUACGAUUCGUCCCUCAUCGCCUGCGUUAACUACAUCUUCUCGACCACGUGUGCCGUCGGUGCAGGAGCCAUAUUUUACCUGGAGUUCAACCAAGAGGAUGUUCUGCACAUCUGCAUGUUUUUAUUAGGAUGCGCCGUGUGCUUCCUGGGCGUCCUCCUCAUCACCAAAAGCAAGAAGAAAGCCAAACCAUUCGAGCCAUACGUGACCAUGGACAUGGUCAAAGGUGUUCCAACGAUCCACGAUAAAGGCUGGCCUGUUCAGCCGGAUUAUAACGGCUCCUUCUCCUACGGCACCCUCGUAAACAACGAUGGCGUUGCACCCGCGACUCUGCCGGUGGCGAAUCAGGAAUCGGGCGUAUCUCCAAGCACGGGUCACAAGUACCAGGCAGACGAACUCAAAAAAGACUAGCUACAUGAUGAUAAAUCUAUUUAAAAAGAAUAUAUAAAUAAAAGCUGCAUUUGACCUUCUGGUCACAUCAGAAAACUGAA